UGCCUUAAUUGGCUUGAUAAUACAAGAAUUAUUUUUUAUUUACACAAAAUAUUUUGUUUUUAGAAUGUCUCAGAAUGUUUAAAUAUAAUAUAUAUAUAGUUAUCAUAAUAUGUUUUUUCGCAAAUGGGUCAACAAAUGAAUCCGUGAAGAAUGUUUGCGUGAAACUUUUACAUUCCCUCGCUGCGGCACAAGGGGAGUUUGUACGUUGUUCUACAGUACAUGCUGUGCCAGUUAGGCUAUGCUUGGCUUGUGAAUUGUCAUAUGCAAAUACAAGUAAGGCGUAUGAAAAUUUGGAAAACGAAAAAAAUUGUACAAACAAAUAUUUUGACAAGGACCGUAUAAAUAUCGUUUUGACUACACAAUCUAUACUAAUUGGACUAUGGGAUCGAGCAUUUUGUAAUGAUUGUUUUUCAAGUAAUAAUUCCGAAGUUUUUGAUAAUAAGUUGACUAAAUUAACAAAUUGCCUAAAUCAACAUAAAAGUAUGGAAUGUGUGGCGUGUUUAUCAGCCUACGUAGAAUUAAACAGCUUUUAUCAAAAUAUUGAUCAACACAAUAAUGGAAAAGUAUGUUACGAUUUGCAAGAUGCUAUGAAUCGUACUCGUAAUAACUGGUCUAAGGAACUACGAUGUUGUCAUAGAGAGUUUAAAAUAACAUUUUUUAUGAUUACUACAGGUAUUAUAACUUGUUUAUUUGUGAUAUUUUAUGGAGGAAUUUAUACCUUUACGAAACGACAAGAAGCAAAUCAUGAUAUACUAAUUAAUGAAGAUCAAAACACAAUUACCCAAACACAGUCUGCAGUUACAGUACCACAAUAAAUUUGCCUUUCUUAUUCAAAAUCCAAAGAAUGUAAAUGGAAUAUAGUACCUUUAGUAACUUUAUCUUAUAGUAUUUUUAAAAUUUUAUCUUAAGUUAUUGUACAUUAUUAUAUGAUCACCGACUAUGAGAAGAAAAUAGGGCAGAGUCGCCUAGUCUUCUCAAAAAAUACUAUAACUAAAUGCGAAUAUGAGUGAUGAUUGUUAUAUUGGUAUUAAAUCAAAUUUUUAUAUCUAAUACAAAUAAGUAAUAAAUCUCACAAAAAUUGAGAACAUGUCUUUAUAGUACAAAAA